UAGUACGCAUGCGUUUGAUAGUUUCACGAAUUUCAAACUUGUCGAAAAAAGACUGCCAUUCAGGUGAAAUGUUUUGUAUGUUUUGACCUGCCCUGUUACUAUUAACGCGAUCAUUCUUGUUGAAUUUUCAAUCUUUAACAUGGCAAGCAAGAGAAAGAGAGGGGACGAGGGCUUUGCGGACUCAAAUGAAGGCGAAGAAGAAAGGUAUUUCCUGAACCCAGAGUCCGUGAGUGAACACCUGUACUGCUCCAUCUGCCAAGAUGUGUUCAAAGAACCACAACGGGCACCCUGCGGACACAGCUACUGUAAACAGUGCAUUAUGGCUUGGUUACGCACAAGCAAGACUUGUCCAGAGGACAGGAGACCUGUUCGAGAAAAGGACCUUCAUUACGACUUCAUUCUUGCCAACAUCAUUGGAGAUCACAUGGUGGCCUGUCCAUUCAGAAAGCUGGGUUGUGAGUUUAUUGGUAAGCUGGAGCUGCUGACGUCUCACAGGAAGUCCUGCUGCUUCAACCCUGCCAACCUGCCAGAAUUUCUCUUGGAGGAACCACAGUCAUCAACUGCUGCAGCUGCUACAGCCUCAUCAGUGGACACCAGCAGCAGCUUCCUCUGUACCAGUGAUGAUGAGAACAAACUCCCGUCUCCUCCCAAACCAUCGCUCAAGAUGAGGCUGUUCAAGAACGGUGCCAGUCAGAGGGACCUGCUCAAGAACAUGUUUGACAAGGAAAACAGACCAAAAUAGCCAUGUAACCAUAGUCUGUAUAAUGCAUUUCUUUUGAUUUAAUGUGGUAGAUCUGUAUACAUAUACAUGUAGAUCAUGCAGGUGACUCCAUUUCACAAGGAAAUCUUUCAGAAAGAUUUUUUUAUCAUCUUUCAGAUGAAGGCAGCAUCUCCCAUUGUGAAGUAUUUCACAGUCAAAUCAAUUUAAAGCUCAUAUUAUCUUAUAAUGGUUUGCAAAGAAUUCAGUAAUAGUAAAUUCUGCUAAGUUUGGGGUAAGAGAUCAGGUCAACUUCAUUUCUUAUGUUAGUUUGCAAUGUAUGAAAUAAAUGACAAAGGAACAGACCAUCUGCAAAAUUAUGGUUCCAAAAGACCAUCAAUGAAAGUUCUUUAGUUAUUUGGAAAUGUGUAAAUGAAUUGUGUAGUUGAAGAUAGACCACAGUUCUCAUAUUGUAUGAUAUAUUUAUAUAAUAAUUGUAGGUACCUGUAUGUUUAAACCUUGUAUAGACUGACCUGCAGAAAGAAUUUCUUUGUCAGAAUAUUCAUAUAUGGUGAGAUUUAUUGGAUAAGUAGCACAAAAUGUAACUUCUAGGCCAUCUGUAUGUAUAUGUAAUCUAAU